AUGGCAAUUACCACCAAAUACACGCUUGGACCGUGUCAAAACCAGACCACAAUACAGAGCUUGGACUUUUUGACUUUGAUCGGCCAUCAGGAAAAUUUACUCGGAGUUAUGAUUGUUGUUGUGCAUAAUUACAUGAUGAAACCCAGAAGAGAAUUUCAGAAAAUGUUCACUUACGGGCUGAUGAAUCGAGCCAAAUCAUUUCUCUUGUCUACCGUCACAUUGGCGGCCUUAAUCUUAAUAGUCAUCUUUGAAGAUAGUGUCAUUUCUGAUGCUUCUCUGCAGUCCUCUGGAGGAAUUCCAGAGAGGCUACAGAGCAAAGUUGUAGAAUCCAAGUCGAUUCCAUUGCUUUCUGUGCGAGAAGUGACUGAAAAAGCGGAUAUGAGUAACAAUCGGAGGCCUCUAAAUUCUCCAUUUAGUCUCAGGGAAGAAGGAAGAACGGGAUGGCUAAAAAAUACACCACCCGAGUUUGAGAUUUUCAAGUCAGACAGAUUGACAAAGAGAUUUCACAGCCGGGUUCUUGAUUUUUUCAAUCAUGAUUGUGAGGUUCAGGCUUUCAUGACAUGGAUUUCUCCAGCAAGGUCUUUUGGAAGAAGAGAAUUAUUGUCUGUGGAAUCGUUUUUCAAAGUUAAUCCUCGUGGAUGCUUGAUGAUUCUUUCAAAAACUCUUGAUUCUACAAAUGGGUACACAAUCCUCAAACCGAUACUCGACCGAAAGUUCAGAGUCAUUGCAGUGACUCCAGACUUGUCAUUUCUCUUCAGGAAUACGCCAGCUGAAGCCUGGUCCAAAGAAAUGAUAAGUGGAAAAAAGGAUCCUGGAACCAUCCUCUUCUUUUCAGAUUCAUGGAGGAAUUUGCAGCAACAUUUGAUGGAAAUAGAUGGGGGCAUAAUGGUCCCUACCUUGUUUCCAGAGUAGUUCAAAGAUU